AUGAGCAAAUUGGCUGACUACAGCGAUGCUAUUGUGAGGGUUCGUCUGUCAGGCAGCCAACCGGUCACUACUGAUCCUCUGGGGGUAGACGAGGCCCCAGAUCCUAAGAAACAGAAGACUUGCAAAGCCUCACGAAGUGCAAAGAAGAAAGAGAAAGGGGCGGACAAGGUUGGAGGCCAGGGAUCGGAGCAUUCUGCAGACGUCCAAGAUUUUGAUGUCUCAUCAUUCUGCCUGGCCACCAAGUCGCAGUUUUUUCAGGCGAUGUUGGACAGAUGGUCUGGCAGCGAAGGAUCCAAGAGAGUGCUGGAGAUCCAGCUGGGAGCCGACGAGUUGCAGCACUUCAAGGUUCUGCUGGAUUUUGUUCACUUCGAGGAGUUGGAUACCGGCCUUACUGUGGAAGAUCUUACCACACUACUGUCUUUUGCUGAUCGAUUCAUGGUGGACAAGCUUGUGGACCCCUGUGUCACAAGCCUCAUCUCAUCAGACCGAAAAUGGGAAGACGACAUGAAACUGUUGGGAAUGUUGGAGGGGUCAAGGAUCAAGGCCAGGCCGUCGGUUGUGAGUCUGAUCGAGGUGAUUGGAUGCGUUCUCCUGAUGAAAUUUCCAGACUUGGAGGAGGUUGGUCUGGACGACAAUGCUUGUGAUAAGUUUUGCCAGCUCCCCCUGCCAGCUGUGAAGUUGUUGUUGCGCCAUGCUGGAUUGAAAGUGGCUGCCGAGGAGACAGUGUUUUGGGUUGUGAAUGAAUGGAUGGACAAAAACUUCCCAGAAGGCAACAGAUCUGUUGCCACUUCUAGAAGUGGGGAUGCUGCUUUGGAGUUGGGCGGAUGCAUCAAGUUUUGCUUGUUGUCACCCUACUAUUUACAGGUGGUCAGCUCUGCACAGUGGAUGAGGGACGUAUGCACGUGGUGGGUAAAGGAGGCGCUUCAUUUUCAUACUUUGGCAGAUUUUCCAGGCGAUCUUCAACAGAUCAAAGAGCGCAUGGGCGACAGAUGUGUGCCGAGGCCAGGCUCCUCCCGACGCAGUUUUCAGAUCAUUUUCAACGAAGAUGCCAUGUUCGUCAGAGAUGCCCUCACUAGUAGUUGUGCACGUGAGCCAUACAUAGAAUCUGUGGUCGCUUUCAGGGGUUACACGUGGUCACUGCAGGCUUUCAAAGAUGGUGAUGUUGCGAUGUCAGUGUCAGUGUUUGUGAGAGGGCCAGCGAUGGCACCAUACUCCAGGAUAGACUGCUUAGGGGUGGAGAGGCCGCUGCCAUCAACUGACUGGCCUAAGUCUCUCGACUUGGAUGUGGAAACGACAGCAGGCCAUGUGCAUUUUGAAGACAAAGUGCCGGUUGGUUGGGGAAUUGACGAUGCACCAACGUUUUCUGCUGAUAUCUUCAACUGCAUGUUAGAAGCACAGGGUGAGCUCGUUGUUGGUGGACGCAUAAAAAUGAUAGCCACGGUGAUGUACUGA